AUGGCGCCCUGCCCUUACCGAAUUGUUUAUCCGGGUCCUAAUAAUGGGAAAGUGGCAUUCAAACGCGAUGAAAUGCUCCCUGGCCACUUCAUUCGAUAUGAUGUCCAAAAUGGAACAAAACAGCGAUUGCCAGAUUGGUGGCACCUGAGUGAAAGCAUGAGUUUUACCGCACAGGAUGGCGUUAUUUACAACCGUGGCGACUUUCUAGAAGUAGACACUGGUUCCGCGAUUAACUCCAUCGCCCUGCUUCUCGAAGUGCGCCAAAAGUAUCUGCGGGUUUUUUUGGAUGUAUCGAUCGAGCGACGUGCUGGCAAAACCAAGAACGGAGUAAUAGUGGAUAUUAUCAACGCAUCGUGGGUUGAACCAAAAACGGUAGUCGUACCGAAACCGUCAUCAUACUACUGCUACAAGAGAGAAAGGUUGAUUUUACCUUGCGAAACAUACGCCAACACCUUACCACGAAAAAGUCAAAGUGGUACGACUCAUGCUAGACUCGAUGAAAUCAAGACGACGGCGAAAGAUGAUCGCACACUCGAAAGGGAGCACAUGAUCUUGAGGAAAGUGAUGGCAGACGUUUACUACUCUUGGUUUUAUGUGAAAUGUUAUCUCAGCCAUAUGAUUGCGAGAAAGCUUCGAGAGCAAACACAAAAUAUAUCGCGUACUUGA